AUGGCGGCCAUGCCUGCUGCCACCAUCUACCCUCAGAGCCAUGUUGGUUUUGACAGCAUCACGUCGCAGAUUGAGCGUAAGCUCUUGAAGCGUGGCUUUCAGUUCAACGUCAUUUGCGUUGGCCAGACUGGUUUGGGUAAAUCAACCCUGAUCAACACAAUCUUCGCCUCGCACCUUAUCGAGAGCAAGGGAAGGCACCAUCCUGACGAGGUUAUCCGUUCGACGACCGAGAUCCACCCCGUUUCACACAUCAUUGAGGAAAACGGCGUUCGCCUGCGGCUCAACAUUGUUGACACGCCAGGCUACGGUGACCUGAUCAACAACGACCGCUGCUGGGACCCAAUCGUCAAGUACAUCAAGGAUCAGCACUCGGCCUACCUCCGCAAGGAGCUCACUGCCCAGCGUGAGCGUUACAUCCAGGAUACUCGCAUCCACUGCUGUCUGUUCUUCAUUCAGCCUUCAGGCCACUCGUUGAAGCCGAUCGAUAUCGUCGUUCUCAAGAAGCUCUCAGACGUCGUCAAUGUUGUGCCGGUGAUUGCCAAGGCCGAUUCUUUGACUCUCGAGGAGCGUCAGGCCUUCAAGGAGCGCAUCAAGGAGGAGUUUGCUUUCCACAACCUGAAGAUGUACCCGUACGACAACGAUGACCUCGACGAAGAUGAACGUUCCCACAACCAGCAGAUCAAGGCUACCGUUCCUUUCGCUGUUGUCGGAUCAGAGAAGUCGAUCAUUGUCAACGGCAAGCAGGUUCGCGGGCGUCAGAACCGGUGGGGUGUGAUCAACGUCGAGGAUGAGGAGCACUGCGAGUUUGUCCACCUGCGGAACUUCUUGCUGCGCACACACCUGCAGGAUCUUAUCGAGACGACGUCACAGAUCCACUACGAGACGUUCCGCACGAAGCAACUUCUCGCUCUCAAGGACCCCAGUGCUCAGGGCCACAGCAGCAGACCUAUCUCUCCCGCCGCCGAGCGCGAGAUGAGCCGCAGUUCGCAAAGGAUGACCAUGAAUGGCUACUAG